CAUAAGCCGAUCUAUUAGGAUGUGAAUUCUAGACUAAGCGAAUGGUACGAUAAGUAUGAAAGUCCUUUCAUCGUCCUUCCAUUCAUAUACCCCGAAUGAAGCCAGGUACCUGUUCAUUUGAACAUGGCGGCUGAGUGACUACAAAAAACUACUGUGCACAGAAAUGAAAAGCUAAAAAUGCUUGUGCAUCAUAUCUGGAGCACUAAUGUGUUUCGACAAACAUACAGGAUGCUGUGUGUCAUGUGCUGAGUGUCGAUUUUUUCGUCCUAUUCUAUAAACCGAGAGUGGAGCCGCCAAGUCCGGAGCCGGAUGGCCUCGUUUCUCGAAUCCUUAUUCAGCCUCCUCCAGGGAAAGAAAGUGAUAGCGAACAGAGUGAGGUAGAUGGCAAAUUAGCAGUUAUUGCUAUACGCUAGUGACAGCGGCUCGCUGCUGAUCUAGAAAUGGAAUCCCUAGUGAUGCCCUUGCUCACGCCUGCAUGCUAUGCAACCAGGAAUGAGAUUUUCAGUUCAAUUUCGGUAAUCCGCUGGAAGAGUGUCGCAGUGUCUAUUUGUCCAUAUCGGUGCCACUUUGCGGCCGAACACAAGUUUUCUCAGAAGCUUGAAGCCGGGUACACCACGGCGGUGUUAUUGGUGAAGAUUUGUUGGUAUCUGUGUGUGCCUGUAUGGAAUAGCUUCAUCAUUGGAAGUACGAUGGGAAUGUGGCAGUUGUUGCAGAUAAUCAUUCUCCCAUUACCACAUGGUGUUGUUGGCGAACCGACGGAAAAGAAGCCAAAGACGAUCCCACCGGGAUUGCCAUCCUGGCUGCAAGGAUGCUCCACUGAAAUGCUUCCGUCCCUAUCUGAUGGGCUGAUGGGUUGCUUUGCGGAUCUAUUUCAGUCGUAUAUCAGCACAUACCAACUGUCCUCGUUGGCUGGCCGUGAGUGGAAUAAUUUUCCUGACAGCUUAUGCGAUGGCUGCGUCACUGGCUCAAUCGGGUGGAGGAUAUCGAAGCGACAGUUCGAUCAUACUAAAUCCAGCACUAAUGAAUUGUAAUCACCGAUGAUUUGACGGUGUCUGGAAGAUUCGAUAGAAGGAAAAAUAAACAUAUGUUAUCUUUCGGCAUUUGUGGACAGAAUAUUCGAGGAGUAAUCGAAACUGGUUCCGAGAACUCGAUAAUCAAAUUCGCACUACAGAACUUGAUUGAUGAUUGAUGAUUUAUUAUUUAUGAGAAGAGUAGAAGUUUUAUUAUAUAUAAACGUGUGAAAUUAGUAACAACGUUAAGCAUAAGCACAGCAAAGUAUAGUGGAUAAGAAAAAUAUAAUUCAUAUGCAGCAGUUCUUAGUAGCCUAAACUUUAUUUAAUUCGUGCGAAAAACGGAAUGUUUUUGGAAUUCUUUUUUGUGACGACACACUCAAAAUCUCUUUAUUAGCAUCAAUGAUACAUUACAGUGAAAUUGCGAUGUCCCUCAUAACUUGGAUCAUCUGAAAAUAAAAAAUUAAAAUUGUUUAGUUUGAUAACAGUUUGAAUAAACUAUACAGCAUUACCUCAUAAGUUAUAUAUAUAAAAAUAGAGUUCUAAAUUUAAAAAGAAUCGGUGCAGUAGUUGUGAAAUUAUGAGAGGCACCGACUUUAAAAAAACGUGAACUGUGGGGAAGACGAUUUAAAAGUUUGAACACAGUAUUUACUACCACACAAUAUUUUAUACUCUAUACUGAUAAAAUAUACAGUUUAGAUGUGGGAAGUUUGGACAAUUUCUCAAAAUAGAACUGAAAAGUAAGGUUAGACAUUAUACUGAGAGCGAAACAUCGGACAUUAAAAAAGGCACGCUCGGGUCGGGUGAACAUUACAUUUCAACCGGUUUAAAAUCACCACUUCAUCGAUUUCACUUUGAUCUACUUUAUCGACAUACUAUACUUGAGAUAUUAUGAAUUUAAAUUUGAAAAAACCUUCCUCAUCCACCUAGUGGUGUGAUAAUGCCUUUCUCUUGUCAUCGGCAAAAUCUCAUUGAAACAUUUUUUGAUCCACGACUAAACUGUAUCUCUAAAACGAGCAGGAGUUGAUUAAAAUCGAUGAAAAAAGAGCGUUUUAUCGUUAACGUCACCUAUGCCAUUAUAUCUCCGGAACCAAAAGUGACCAUAGUUGAUUUUGAUCAAAAAUCCAGUAAAAACUUUUAAACGAGCUUAAGUUCAUUAUAAUCGGUUCUGCCAUGUUAGAGAAAAUUGAACGGUCGAAUGGUAUAUAACACUAUGGGUCUCCGAGGCUCCGUUCGAAAGUCGGGUUUUCCAGCAGUACCGCAUAAAAAUGAUAGCAAAAGCUUUGAUGCUUGGUAAUUGAUAAAGUCUACUAGUUUUCCUGGAAAUUAUAUUCUGAUGAUUAA